AACCUACCAAUUGCUGAAUAAUUAAUCAAUCCAAGCUUAAUUACGUCUUUUAUUACAUCAAUAUGGCAUCCACUGAUUCGUCGCAAGUCUUUGAUGCUCUGAUCAUAGGUGGAGGAAUAUCCGGACUUGCAGCCGCUCUCACACUGGCUAGACAACAACACACCGCAGUCGUUCUUGACUCAGAGGUCUACCGAAAUGCACCGAGUCCACACAUGUACAAUGUUCUAACAUGGGAUCAUCAAGACCCGCAAGAAUUCCGGGCGGCAGCGAAGAAAAACAUUUUAGAAUACUACUCAACUAUUAGUUUUCAAAAGGUAGAAGUUGUAUCUCUCGAGGAAGUCAAGAGCACCACCACUCAGCAAACAUUCAGGGCCACGGACCGAAAUGGUGGAUCUUGGUUUGGAAGGAAAAUCAUCCUUGCUAACGGCGUCCGUGAUGUCUUUCCCGAUAUAGAAGGUUAUGCAGAGUGUUGGGCUAAGGGAAUCUAUCACUGCUUCUUCUGUAAAGGAUAUGAAGCAAAGGGUGUCUCGACAGCCGGGAUUCUGGCUCUUCCAGACCUAGCCAGCGCUCCUGCCAUCUUGCACGCUGCUAGAACGGCAUCCCGGUUCGCGAAGUCCAUCACGAUCUAUACUCAUGGCUCUAACGAGUUAGAGCAUGCUAUUCAAGAAGCUCAAGGAUCAAACCAGUUGUUCAAAGUAGACAACAGGAGUAUCACAAGGUUUGAGAAAGGGCCAGGGUUUGCAGAUAUCAUAAUCUAUUUCGAAGGAGGCGAAAAGACUACCGAGGGAUUCCUGGGACACAAGCCUAAGACAGAGCCGAAGGGAGACUUCCAUAAGCAACUUGGGCUCGAAAUGACUCCGAUGGGAGAUCCCGUAAGCAAACCUAUGUUCCUAGAAACGACAAGAAAAGGUGUCUUUGUGAGUGGGGAUGGAGCGUCCCCUAUCAAGAUCAUUCCACAGUCCCUAUUCUCUGGUUCGGCAGCGGCAGCAGCAGUCUGUGCGCAGAUUCAAGCGGAGGAUGCCGGUCAACCCUGCAUUUUCUAACCGAUGAGGUAGAGGUAUCCUGUAAAAUAGCUUUCUUUAUCAAGGUAUAAUCAAUUUUAUUUUCACUUUUG